GUGAAUUGCACCAUUAAAUUCUAGUUGACAGCUGACACAAUUGAAGUCAGUCUUUCUAUAUAAAAUCCUUCUACCACCCAUCCCCAUCUCACAUAGUACUAGAAAAAUGGCCAUGGCAGCCGCCACCGCGAAUGCCAUCUUGCUCUUGGCUCUCUUCUUCGCCGGCGCUCACGCGAAUGUCCCAUGCAUACUCCCCGUAUGCAAGACGGUGGGUGGCGGGAGCCGGUUCUUCGACGUGCAGUUCUGCCUGGCGGCACUCGGCUCCGAUGGCCGGAGCGUCGACCACUGCCUCGACUACCAGGUCUACUCCGCCAUUGCCGCUGACCUCCUCGCGGCCAACCUCACCGCUACGGCGGCCAAGAUCAACGGCCUGCUCCGGAAGAGCGGCGGCUCCGCCGACGAGGCCACGACGCGCUGUCUCCGGUCCUGUCAAGCGUUGUACGGCGACAUGGAACGGAGGCAGACUGGCUGCGCGGCUGCCGUCCGGGGCGUCAGGAAGGGUGAGGCCACCAGGUGCUUGGAGGAAGUCGCGUCAGCUGCUGAGGAGUGCGAGGACGGGUUCCAGAGGAGCAAGGUGGCGUCGCCGGUGAUGGCGGAGAACCAGCAAGUGUUCAAGCUCGCCAAGCUCGCUGUCGCGCUGUUGCGCACGGUGUAUGCUAGAUGAAUAGGCUUCUUCGUGCAGUAUGUAGGCAGAAAAUGUUGUUGUACUGGCAGUCUGGAACUGCCUUUUUCAGAAUAAUAAUAAUAAUGACAAACUAAAAA